ACCGUGUCGCUCAUGCGCAUUCGGUACAUUCCGUUCAAGAUGGCGACCGCAGCUGUACCAGAGUUUGACGACCUUGAACCUAUGGACUUCCAGGAGGAAAUGUUGGGGUCUUCCAACUCUAGUAUAGCAGACACAAAGUUUGACGUGACAGUCGGGUAUAUCGAAGAGAUCAUCAUGGAUGAGGAGUUUCAAGACCUGCAGAACAAUUUUCUGGACAAGUACUACAUCGAGUUUGAGGACACAGAAGAGAACAAGUUUGUGUACACAGACAUUCAUAAGGAAUGGGUUGACACAAUAGAAAAGUACCUUGAAACCAACCUGGCCAGGAAGAUGCCAGGGUUCCACAUGCAGGAGUUCGCACAGGCUCUAGAGUCCAGAAAAGAUGAGGUUUGUGGAGAGAUCUUUGACAUGCUGGUGUCCUUUACUGACUUCCUGGCCUUCAAGGAGCUCAUGUUGGACUACAGGGCGGAAAAGGAAGGUCGGUCCAUAGAUCUGCUGGAAGACCUGGUGAUCACAUCCAUGUCCAAACCGGCCGGGGGCGCGACGGCGGCAGCAGCAGCAGUGGGAGGCAGCAGCAGGCAAGGCACCACACAACCACAGCUGGCCGUACAACCUGCUGCCAGCGGCUCCAAACUCUCCAGUAAACACAGGGUCAAAUAGAACUUACAAACACCUGUAUCUGUAUCAUGUGUUCAUCUAACCUUCUUAUAACUGUCUAACGUACUUAGAAGAGCACGUCGGCAGAACGUACUGCACCUGCGCAAAACCCGUAAUGUAUUAUGCAUAGCACUUUGGAAGAACAUCUCAUAUAAGGUCAUAUUCGCGCAUAUAAGGUUAACACUACGUGUGUAGUUUCCAAAUGUUGUGUUGGAAAAGAUAUCGUCUGCAACAGUCAAAAGUCUGAUGCAACAUCCACCAAACAUCCAACGAAAACCGCGAAAAAUGAGGUUUUGCACAAGCGCUGUACAUUCUGCUGAUGUGCUACUUAGCAGGGUCUGUGAUCCUCCUUUAUAAACUGUUCUGUGUUGUAGAAGGCUUGUGUAUGUACGAUAUGACUGAAAACAAAAGAAGCCUUACAAGAGAGACUCGGUCACAACACAGCAUGAAUGUUACAGGAAUAUUUCUGUGGGGAGUGUACAGGGUUUAUUUAGUUCUUAUCAUGUAUCAUAUCCAUAUAAUGAACUUCUACCUUCUCAGCACCUCAACACACGAUAGUUGAAUAUACAAACAGCAAUAUACAACUCAAUAUAUGGUACAAGCCUUCUCUACAUUUCUGUUGUCUCAUAAAUUGCAAGAGGAAAGCAUGCAUAUGUAGUUAUUGAUGAAAGUAACCAAUGUAUUACAUACAAUUAUAAGUUGCUUAAAAUACUUUUAUGUUUUCACUUAGUUAGAUGACAAGAUUAUUUGAAGAUACAUGUAUGCUGUACAUUGUACAUAAUGGUGGUAGGUAGUAAUGUAUAACUUUUGUACUUACAUAUCUUUAUUAUGCUGAUUGUUACUGUCACUUCAAGGAUGCCCAUACUAUCAAUAUUUACUGGCUACUCGUAAUCUUUCCUUCCUCUUUGCUAGGAAUUCAAGUUUUAGACCUUCGUUCAGUUUAAAUAGGCUCUAGUAAACAUGUUAGCUCUUGUA